GUCCCCUUACCACCGUUAUGAGUGCCAAGUACGCUAAUCUCCCGGAUAUUGAUACAGCGCCUGACGUCUAUGAAACUGAGGACGUCUUUCCAAGUGCUCAGGACAGCAAAGGCGACUCGAGUGAUGAUGAAUCCGGUGCACCUACGAGAGGGCAUGGGCGGGGGAAGUCCGAAACUGGGACAGGGCGAGAGGAAUUGGACUCUAGCAGCGUAGACCCGGACGAUGCAUCGAGGAAGUUCAGGAAAGCUGAGAAGAAACAUCGCCGUCCGAAGAUACAAUAUGUCUACCCGCCCUCGCCCACCGGGGAAGAACAGUCAGGACCUCCUUCCCCAACACAAGGUCCCCUCCCACUAUCUCAGCGCCUUCGUCUCCUCCAGGCGGAAGUCGCAGCACUCGAGGUCGAGCUAUCAGACCCUACGAAUCCUCUGCUGCGCAAGGAGAAAGAGAGCGGCAAUGCAGAUCCCGGUGAGCUCAUCCGCGGGAUGGUGGAUGUGAAGCGGCGGAUAGACAAGAUCAGCAAGGCACGCGAAGGUCGGGGAAAGCUCGUGAGCGUCGUACUCGGCGAGACGACGGACGCGGAGGACGACGAUGUUGUCAAGGUGACAGCGGAGGAUAAGGAAGAGGGGACAAAGGCAGAGGCGGAGAGAAAGACCGAAGCCGCUCCCCCGAAGCUGAAGGAGCCGCAGGCCAGGGAUGUCGCUGAGAUGGAUAGGCGCGUCGGCGAGCUGGAGAAGCUUGUGGGGUCAUCGAAUGCUACGUUGGACGAGCUUUCUCCACUACCCCCACCGCUCCUGCCUCUCCUUACGCGUCUGAACGCCCAACUUACCCUCCUCACCCAACCCCGCCACAUCGAUUCCAUUUCAAGACGAAUCAAGCUCUUGAACGCCGAGUUCGAGCGCGCGAAUGCGACCUCCAGCCAAGCCCACGGCGCGCAACGCCGUGGCGUACACCACUCCGCCGCGAACCCUGCCUCCCCCUCCGUCGCCUCGCCAUCUACCGCCCUCCCCGCACCCGCGUCCUCCGCGUCAUCGACGGCACUGCAAGAGCAGCUGGCCCCAAUCUUGACCCGCCUCGCGCCGCUCCUCCCGCACAUUCCGCACAUCCUCACGCGGCUGCGGACGCUCUCGACACUGCACACUUCCGCGGCGGGGUUCCAGAAGACUCUCGAGGGCCUCGAGGAGGAGCAACGGCGCACGCGCGCUGCGCUUGUAGAUCUGCAAAAGGCCGUCGAGGGUGUGGAGAAGAGUUUAGCGGAGAAUGAGAAGCUUGUGAAGGGAAAUGUAAGGGAGCUCGAGGAUAGGAUCGACGGGCUGGGAAGAAGGGUAGACGAUAUGAAGGUUGGCUUGAGCUAGGUUUCGCGACUAGCAAAGGUAUAGGUGUGAUGGGUCUCAUGCGUCUUCGCUGUUGUCGUCCCGUUGAUACCACUUAGCCUAUUCCCGUGGACGAAGCUGUCGUGAUGCAUACGUGUCUGAGUGCUUGAGCAAUAUUUGUCAAACAUGGCAAGAAUACAGUCAUACACGGGUCCUCGGGACAGUCAAGUGUUGUCGCUCA